AUGCAGAAGUUGACCAAUGUCGAAUCACAGCGCAUGAUGGCAGUCAUGGGCGAUCUACUCGAUCGCCUCAACUACCUCACGUAUGUGCCGCUCGAGCCACAGAACUCUCUUCUUGAAUCACUGCGUGAGAGUCGAUGCCUCAACUCAGCCGAACUGCUGCGUGAACACUGGCGUUGGGAGCAGCUCUAUCAACAGGCUACGCAAGCAAUGGACAGCCGUCAAGGUGACAUCGCUGAUCAAGUUCGGGUGACAGCAAGAGCUCUAUGUCGAGACCUGCGCGAACAUCCCGUGGCUGUGGAGGUGCUCUAUCAUAAGGGCACAACAACUCACGAUCGAUCCGAGGACUUGCAGAUGCUGGUGAAGGCAUUAUCUGAGCUGACAGAUCUCACGCACACACAAUUGGACAAGACGCUGGAGGAUGCCAAGUCCAAGAAGGAGCUCAUGGCAGUGGCUGAAAGUCGCAUGAAGCAAGCAGAAGAUGAACGGUUAUCAAUUCGCGAGAAGCUAACGGAGAUGCGGAAGACCAAAGAGGAAGAGGUGGCUCUGUUGGAUGCACAAGUGCAGAAGCUGCGAAGUGAGCUGCACGCAAUCAAUCAGACCGCAUCGCAUGAGCUAACGAUGAUCGAUAGUGAUCUGAAAGAGGCACAAGCCAAGGCUCAUGACCAGCACUCGGAAGAAAUGAAGACGUUGCUGGAUCAAGCUGCUGCGUUAGAGCUGCGUGCUGCUAAGAUGGUUCAGGAGCAUCAGGAAGAAGAAGACGCACUUCGCAAGAAGAAAUGCAAAAUGGCCGCCGAGGUCGCAGCAGUGGUGGACAAAUUCGACAAUGAGAUGGAGGUCAUGGGAGCCGAGCUGCUCACACUAGCAGAGACCUUCCGGAAGGAACGCGAGCAAUGUGAACAGUUCAAUGAGCACUUUUUGAAGAUCGAUGAGGAGCAAUCUCGUAUCGAUGCUGAGGAGCACGUACUGGAAGAAAUCAGGGCUCGAGAGCGAGAGAAGCAAAUGAUGAUUUUCAACGCAGCCACCAAAAUCCAAAAGGUGUACCGCGGGGUCCUUUGUCGUCGAGAAUACGUCAAGAUGGUGGCGAAGAACAAGAAAGGAGGAGGCGGGAAGAAAGGAGGCAAGAACGGCAAGAAGAAGUGA